CCGCAGUGACGCUGGUGUUAGUGAGCACGGAGCAAACUUUGGAUUUCUUUUCUCUCUGACAUCAAACCAACCGGAAAAGCUGCAAAGGUUUCCCCCACCAGAGUCACUUUUUCCAGACCAUGCCCAACGACCCUCACCCUCCUCCGGCUAAGAAAUUCAAGCCGGGGUCAGUGUUCUUCCGUCUGGAUAAGAACAAGCCUGGAAUGCUGCUUCCUAGAAAGGGGAAUGCGAUCACUCCGAUAGAAGUCCAGAGGAAACAGCUUCCGAUCUACCAGGCGAAACCUCAGCUGCUGAACCAACUGAGGCAGCUGCCCAAUGUCAUCCUGAUAGGUGAGACCGGGUCAGGGAAGACCACUCAGAUCCCCCAGUAUCUGUACGAGGCUGGCAUCGGGCGCCAGGGCAUGGUCGCCAUCACUCAGCCUCGCCGGGUUGCUGCCAUCUCGCUGGCAGGAAGGGUGGCCGAGGAGAAGAGGACUCAGCUCGGCAAGCUGGUUGGUUACACGGUGCGUUUUGAGGACGUCACCUCCUCUGAGACGAAGCUGAAGUUCAUGACAGACGGCAUGCUGCUGCGUGAGGCCAUCGGAGACCCGCUACUGCUGCGCUACACCGUGGUGGUGCUGGAUGAAGCUCACGAGCGCACCGUACACACCGAUGUGCUGUUCGGCGUGGUUAAGGCUGCUCAACGCAGGCGGAGAGAACUUCACAAGAUUCCCUUGAAGGUCAUAGUGAUGUCGGCCACAAUGGACGUCGAUUUGUUCUCUGAAUACUUCAACAAGUCACCAGUGCUGUACCUGGAGGGAAGGCAGCAUCCCAUUCAGAUCUACUACACCAAGCAUCCCCAGUCAGACUACCUGCAGGCUGCACUUGUGUCUGUGUUCCAGAUCCAUCAGGAGGCGCCUUCGUCCCAUGAUAUUUUAGUCUUCAUGACGGGUCAAGAGGAAAUCGAGGCUCUGGCGAGGACCUGCCGGGACAUCGCCAAGCAUCUUCCUGACGGCUGCAGUCCCAUGGUAGUUAUCCCGUUGUACGCAUCGCUGCCCCCAGCACAGCAGCUCAGGGUCUUCCAGCCAGCUCCCAAGGGUUGUAGGAAAGUCAUCCUCUCGACCAACAUCGCUGAGACGUCAGUUACAAUCUCUGGGAUUAAAUAUGUCAUAGACACAGGGAUGGUGAAGGCCAAACGUUUUAAUCCAGACAGUGGUUUGGAGGUGCUGGCAGUGCAGCGGGUCUCUAAAGCACAGGCCUGGCAGCGAUCGGGACGAGCUGGCAGGGAGGACUCUGGCUCCUGCUAUCGUCUCUACACCGAGCAGGAGUUCGACAACCUCAUCCCCAUGACUGUGCCUGAGAUCCAGAGGUGUAACUUGGCCAGCGUGAUGCUGCAGUUAAUGGCUCUGGGGAUCCCAGACGUGAUGAAUUUUGAUUUCAUGUCAAAGCCCUCUCCAGAGGCCGUUCACUCUGCUGUGGAGCAUUUAGAGCUGCUGGGAGCCGUGGAGAGGAAGGAGGGCCAGGUUUUCCUCACUGCUCUUGGAAAGAAGAUGGCAAGCUUCCCGCUGGAGCCAAGAUAUGCCAAGACCAUCCUGCUGUCCCCGGAAUACUCCUGUUCUGAGGAGAUUUUGUGCAUUGUGUCUCUACUGUCAGUAGACACUGUGUUGUUCAACCCUCCAGCCCGGCGAGAAGAGGUGCUCGCGGCGCGCAAGAAGUUCUCCUCCAGCGAAGGAGACCACAUGACCCUCCUUAGCAUUUACAGAGCAUUCAAGAAAGUCAGUGGUAAUAAGGAGUGGUGUCGGGAGAACUUUGUCAACAGCAGGAACAUGGGUCUGGUGAAAGACGUCCAGGCGCAACUUAAAGAAAUCUGCCUUAAGAUGAAUUUGAAGAUGGAGUCAUGUGGAGCAGACACGGAGGACGUUCGCCGCUGCCUCGCCCACGGGAUGUUCGUCAACGCCGCAGAGCUGCAACCCGACGGCAGCUACUUAGCUCUGGACACCCACCAGCCUGUGGCCAUCCAUCCCUCCUCUGUCCUUUUCCAGGCCAAGCCAGCAUACGUGGUCUUUAACGAGCUGCUGCACACGUCGCGCUGCUACAUGAGAGACCUUUGUCUGGUAGACGCCGACUGGCUGCUGGAUGCAGCACCAGAAUACUUUGGCCGCAAGCUCCACCUCACCAGGAGCUAACCAAUAGAGAUACAGGACACCUUUCUCAAUUUACCCAGUGACUGAAAAACUGGAAAAAUGUUUUCUCUUUUACAGAGCUGAAUUUAGAUAAAGACACUUGCUGAAAAUCAGAAGAAUUUGAGUUCCUGUUCUGUAAACUUCUCGGGAUUUUACUACCUCUCAGUUGACAAGCAUCUGGCAUGUGUCACUGCAGCAGAAAUCUGCAAACUGAGGCCCCUUUUGUGACCUCCUCCAGACUCUUAUUCACAUUUUAUAAACUAUUUUUCUUCUGCCUGACAUUCAUUCUUGCCAUUUAGCCACAUGUUCAACAUUUUGAAGAAUAGAUUCUCUUGUUAGGUUCCCUGCUCCUGUUCUUUGAACGUUUGCAUGCAUUUCUGAUAACUGCUUAUCUAUUUUUUUUUCAAAGUCAAACUAACUUCACAAAAUAUCGUGUUUAGUUGUUAACUACAGUCUCAUACAGGGUAGUUGACUGACCAGUUCUGCCUGAAAGUUGCCUGAAGGGGAUUCAUACACGAGCACAGUAGCUUUGUCUUAAUCUAUAAAUUCCUAUAAUAUUAAAACAUGAUAAACACCAAAGUUAUGGUUAAAACAUAGGGUGCUUGCGCAUGCCCCUUUAUUUUUACACAACUAUGACUAUCACACUUUCCCAAAUACAUGCACGCCAGGAGAAGCAGCAUGCCUUAUUCUCCAGGUUCUACUCUUGUUGCACAGGUCCAUGACUCAGACUGCAAAGACGAACAACCGACGUAUGCUGACGACCAAUGGAUGCAAAGCAAUGCAUGGAGAUUGUAGUUAGCGAUCUGAUCACUCAGGUCUUACAUACUUUGCAGAAUGUAAAUCUCACCAAUAAGAAGAAUAGGAUGGAUGCUCUUUUUUUUACUGGACUCAGGAUUGUACAAUAUGUUCUGUAACCUGAAUAAAAUGAGAACUGUUUCUAAGUUUACAAACUAUUAAACACCAGUUGCACCUGGUGUUGCUGUAGAGAUCAUCAGACCUACUCUCACAUACUGGUUGUGUGUUCAGAGAUCGAGUCUCUUGCACAUCAGGCUGCCCAUGAGGUUUUUAAGUCAAUGGUUUAGGAUCUGCAUGAGCCCUUGUCAAUUUUACACAAAUAAAUGCACGCCUUUGAUGAGUUUAUUAUAACUAUUAAUUUGGAAUUUGUUAAAGUCUUAGUUACACAGAUGUUAUAAUUUCUAAUAAAUA